UCCACCCAUUUCUGGUCCACCUCCAGCAAACCGGAUCUGAGCGAGCUGCAGCUCACAUACCAGAGCCACCAGCCACAAAGGCAGCUGCUCCUCUUCCAGAAUAAGGUCUUUCUCCAGCUGCCGUUUCAGCUUCCAUUCAUACAAAUCCUGACUGGGCCAGCGCUGCAGGGGGAAAACAUUUGGAUUUUGUAGAGGUGGAGAUCCCUCUUGCUCUGUUGCAGCUGCCCCCUUGAAGCCCUCCUGUGCCAUGAUGAAACCAGAAGGAGAGAAAGAGCGCCCUCCGCUGAUCUCCAUUAAGGGGGUCCCCAUGAUACAGUACUUUGCGGAGGUCAUGGACCAGGUGGACCUCUUUGAAGCCCACCCAGACGAUCUGCUGAUCUCCACGUACCCAAAGUCUGGAACAACGUGGAUCAGCGAGGUCAUAGACAUGCUUUAUAAAGGAGGCGAUGAAAAGAAAUGCAACGUUGCUCCCAUCUACAUGCGCGUCCCAUUCUUGGAGUUUGCUGUUCCUGGAAUUCCCACAGGCAUUGAGCUGCUCCAAAAAUCACCCCGCCCAUGUCUAAUUAAAACCCACCUGCCCAUCCAACUGCUCCCAAAGACCUUCUGGGGAAAGAAUUGCAAGAUGAUCUAUGUGGCUAGAAAUGCCAAAGAUGUGGCUGUUUCUUAUUAUUACUUUUACCAAAUGGCAAAAGUUCAUCCUGAACCUGGAACAUGGAAUGAAUUCCUGGAGAAAUUUAUGGCUGGAGAUGUAUCUUUUGGAUCCUGGUAUGACCACGUCAAAGGCUGGUGGGACAAGAAAAAAGAACAAAGGAUACUCUACCUUUUCUAUGAAGACUUGAAAGAGAAUUCACCUCGGGAGAUCCGGAAGGUGAUGGAAUUCCUGGAAAUGCCUCCCGAUGAACGCCUGGUUGAGAAGAUUGCUCACCACACCUCCUUCAAGGAGAUGCGCCAGAAUGAGAUGGCCAAUUACAGAAGUAUCCCCAAGGAAAUCAUGGACCACACCGUCUCCCCUUUCAUGAGGAAAGGAAUCACUGGAGACUGGAAGAAUCUUUUCACAGUGGCUCAAAAUGAGCGCUUUGAUGCUCAUUACAAGAGGCAAAUGGAAGGAUCGACCCUGCAUUUCCGGACAGAGUUAUGAUCGCUUUUGAUUCUUGUGUAGGGCCCCCUUUCAGUGAUGCUUUAAACACACACACACACACACACACACACACACACACACACACACACACACAGAGCAGUCCUAUAAAUUCCAUUACCUUUAAGAAGAGCAGGAUGAGCUGCGGCAGUUCAAUGCAGGCACUUGAAAGUGUAUCAAAAGAUCCUUUGGGUUCCCGUUUCAGGACUAAAUCUUCAGGUGAGAUACUGGAGAGGAGACAAGUGAUGCACCCACGGCUCCUAGAUUCUCUUCCUUGCACAGGUGGCUCUGAGCGCUAGUAAUGAUAGUUCUCUCUCUAGCUGGCAACUCGUCCAACUGUUCCCUGCUAGGCUGUGUGCGUUCCUUCCCUGCCUGCCAUCGGUUGGUGUCAUGCUGUUUCUCAUUCACAUCUAUACCACUCAAUGGCUCCAUGAGGUACCUCUGGCACUAGGUUUCGGAGGAUCCUUGGCUCGCCCCCUCAUUGGGCCAACCUUCUCACCAUCAUUGUUGCUGGCUUCUCUUGCAGCUCAGCCUCUUUCUCAUCACUGCUACCACUUCGUUGUCUGACAGGCAGGGCGCUGAGGAGCAAGCAGGCCAUGGCUGCUUCUGCUUUUCCAUUGCCUGGGUCAGAGUGAGAUGAAGGCCAUCAUGCUGGUCACCCAGAGGACUUGUGUUAGUGGGCCCUUGGAAGCAACAGAGGGCCCAAAUGGAGUUUGGUGAAAAGUUUAUUAAUGUGAUAUCAAGCAUUUAUCAAAAGCAGUCGGCUAGGAUUAUAAUUAAUGGAGAAUUUACAAAGACUAUAGAGAUACAAAAGAGUACAAGACAAGGAUGCCCGUUAUCACCUCUGUUAUACUGAUUUUAGAAGUGUUGAAUAGAAAUAUCAGGGAUGAUGCGGACAAAGGUACCAGAAUUAGAGAGGAAAGUUACAAAUUGCAAGCAUUUGCAGAUGACCUGGUUAGUGGGCCCUUGGAAGGUGUCCAACCAUGCCUAACCUUGAUGUCCAUGCUGCCUUCAGACUAAGCCAAAGAAAGGGGAAAGUUCAGCUUCUUUCCUCAUACUCUGAGCUAGUUCGCAUUACACAACAGCCACACAGAGGUUAACUUACCUACAAGGAGUUCCAGUGAGACCUGGCCACCAUUAUGAACAUGCAAAACCCAUGGCCUGUUUAAGAGUUAUGCAUAGGUUGUUUAACCAUUAAAUAAUCCCACCUGGUUGCUGUUUCUGCUUUACUGCUUUAAUCCUGGGAAGACUUCAGAAAAUAGACUCUGGUGAAUAAGGAGCAUGAUUUAUUUCUUCUAGUCUUUUUUACAGAAUUUCGGUAAACACGUUUUGUACACAUCUCCAUGCUACUUAAAAGAUAUACAAUACAACCAACCACUGAAAUAAAUGGAGCGUCCAACCA